AUGCACAGUUCUAACCCCGCCGGAGGAGGACCUCUAUUCAGCUCAUUGUGGCAAAUUCGGCCAACCGUUGCUGAGGGGCUGGUUCCGUUCGACGACAUGAUAUUUGCUUACCAAAACCUGUAUGAAUGUGUGAAAAUGCAACAAACAUAUUCAGCCCACUCAAAAGACCGCCCAGAUGACUCCGAAUCGCCUCGCUGCAGCAGGGAGGACGUUCAACGUACACCAUCAAGACUUUCUGCACUUUAG